AUGCUCCCCGGACCCAGUGGUGGGGAUCCAUUUGGGAUAAUUAUGUUCGGACUUGGGAUACUGCCGGGGGUGAGUGGGGGCGGAGAGCUGCAUCCGGAGAGACCCUACUUCGAUGACGUGUCGCCACGCAACGUGACAACACUCAUCGGCCAAUCAGCAGUACUACGGUGCCGCGCUAAGCACAUAGGAAACAGAACGGUAUCAUGGAUGAGGAAACGGGACUUACACAUCCUGACUUCGCACAUCUUCACUUAUACCGGAGAUGCGAGGUUCAGCGUUCUGCAUCCGGAGCCAUCUGACGACUGGGAUCUGAAGAUCGACUACGUCCAGCUCAGAGACGCCGGUGUCUACGAAUGCCAGAUCAACACAGAGCCCAAAAUCAACAUGGCCGUAAAAAAUGAGUCCCACACCCCCGCGACCCCGGCUCCGCCCCGUUCUUCAGUUGCCGUGGCAAACAUUUGGGGCUCGCAAGAAGUGAUAGUUAUGAAAGGAAGUACUUUAGCUCUAACGUGCUCUGUGAAUAUUCAGUCGUCUCCACCCUCCAGCGCAUCUAUUUCGUGGUAUCAUGGCAAUUCGGUAUUGGAUUUCGACUCGCCAAGAGGUGGGAUUAGCUUGGAGACGGAGAAGACGGAGAGUGGUACCACAAGUAAGCUGCUGGUUACGAAAGCGGAUCUGACGGAUUCCGGCAACUACUCAUGUGUACCGAACAACGCGCAACCAGCUUCCGUUACGGUACACGUAUUACUUGGGGAGGAGAAACCAGCCGCAAUGCAAACCAGCAGCGGGGCGGCUUCGUACUUGUCGUCGCAAUUGAGCUGCGCCAUCUUCGCUUACGUUCUAUCCUCCAUGGCUUGCAGA